AUGCCCCGCGCCUUAUGAGGGGCGUGUUGGGCGGAGCUCGGCGCUGGAAGGGCCACGGGUGAGGGCAGGCUGGACCCCCUAAAGGUUUCUCGCCCAGAGCUUAUUAAGGUCUUGGAACUGCCUGCUUCUUGGGACCUAUCCGAUGCCUGGCAAGCAAGAGCGAGGCUGAACUGGGGUCGGGGGUGAAGGCAGCUGCAGGUCGCUGUUGGGGUGGCUGUUGGGCUGGCGUUCGUAUGUGGUCAGCGCCGCGCCGUUAAGCCAGCCCCCGGCUCACGUUACACACUCCUGUAUUUAUAACUUCGGCGAGGCGCUUCCCCCUCCGACCAUUAGCGCGGACCACCUCUGUUCCGCCGCCUGCGAGCCCCGAACGGCCGCUUCUUGAAACAUCCGAGCGAAGCCACGGCCGGGAUUGGUAGCCAAGAGCUGGAGAUCUGGAUUACACCCGAGCGACGCGGCGCGCAGCCACCGGCCUUAGAGGUGGCUGGGAGGAGAGGGGAGGACAGAGUCGCUCCUUGUCCUCCGGCGGGCGUUCGCUGGCAGCGGGGUGGCCGCUCGGAGCCCUGCCGCAUGCCAUGGAUCACACGCUUUUCGGCUGCCUGCGCAGUCCCCACCAUCCCCCUGGCCAGGGCUUGCACCCAUUCUCACAGUCUGCGCUUGCCCUGCACGGCCGCUCAGAUCACAUGUCCUUCCCGGAGCUCUCCGCGUCCUCCUCCUCUUGCAUCAUAGCGGGAUACCCCAACGAGGAGGGCAUGUUCAGCAGCCAGCACCAUAGGGGCCACCACCACCACCACCAUCACCACCACCAUCACCAGCAACAGCAGCAGCAGCAGCAGUCUUUACAGGCAAACUGGCACAUCCCGCAGAUGGCUUCCCCGCCACCGCCUCCACCGCCUCAAUCCGCCUCAUCCAGACACAGUCUGUGCCUUCAGCCCGAUUCGGCUGGACCCCCGGAUCUAGCCAGUAGUCCCCCCGGACUGUGCUCGAAUUCAUCAAGUUUGGGGACCGGCACCCCGACAGGAGCAGCGUGCGCUCCGGGAGAUUACGGAAGGCAAGCGCUGUCCCCGGUGGAGACGGAGAAAAGAAUGGGCAAGCGGAAAAGCGACAGCUCAGAUUCUCAAGAGGGAAAUUAUAAAUCUGAGGUCAAUAGCAAACCAAGAAAAGAAAGAACAGCUUUCACCAAAGAGCAAAUCAGAGAGUUAGAAGCAGAGUUUGCCCAUCAUAACUACCUCACCAGACUGCGGAGAUACGAAAUAGCUGUGAACCUGGAUCUCACUGAAAGACAGCUUAAUUAUGCACAGAGGAGGAAACUGUGUCUUUCUAUCAGGUAAAUACAGCAUGCAGAUAGACAGACAAUGACAAACGAAUGUUUCCCCCACUUCUCCAAACAAGUUUGUUCAGUUAUGAAUGAAACUAAUGAAAAAAGGAUUUGAUAAGAUACCAAGAUAUGUAUUAACCUAUAGUUUACUAAAUUCACCGAUUUUGUAUCAACAUAAUCAUCCUAAGUAUUAUAGUUAAUGCAGGCUGGCAUUAGCCAUUUUACUAGAGGAAAUUCAUUGUGAAAACUGACAAGUAUAAUCUAUCAAAAAAAGUACAUGAAGAGAACAAGCAUUAUGAAUCUUUUGACACUGUUUCUAUGAAAGCUUUUGACAUAUUGCAUAACAGUAUUUCUUCACCUCAGAAUAGUUAGCAAUUAAAUACAUUCCUCAUUUGACCAGAUUUGUUUUACUAGCCUGCUUUGGCAAAUUGUAUAAAAGAAAUGUGUGCUCAGCAUGGUGGAGAAGCUUUUUACUAAUCUGAAAUGAUUAUGCCAAUUUCUAGACACUUCAGUUAAUCUAGUUACAAUAGCAGACUGAACAUAAAUAAGUGAAUUAUACAAACUCGCAUUAUAAGUCUCAACUUUAAAAUUAAAAACAAAAUCAUUUUAAUAGAAUUUAAAUUAAUUUCCAAAUAUAUUCUUGAUUUAUAUAUUUCGUGAAUAUAAAAUAUGACUUUGGAAUACAGAAAUAUUGUGGUUCUUCAGCUAAUGUACAAUGCAUCAUGAUCUAAAAGUCCUUGAGUUUGCUUUUUUAAAGCUCUGAAACAUGAAUAAUUAGCUAUAGCCAAAGAUAUGGCAAUUUUCCCCUUUCCACAAGUUUCCACUGUGCAGAAUUUUCUAUCCAGUUCUUUCUCCCUUAGAAUGACAUAUUUUGGAUAUCCCAGGACCACAGUAUAAAUAGAUAUUUAAGAUUAAUAAGUCUGUCUGCUUUUAGGGGUGCAAAUGAAUGUCUGUGCUCCAAUACUUUAUAACAGUGGUGAGCUAAUCAGUCAAUUAUUGAACAGUGGUGAAACUAAUAUUAAUAAUGGCAUGUUGGUUCACUUUGGCAGAAAACCCAAUAGGAUUUUGGAAGAUUUUUUAAUCCUCAGAUGACUCAAAAGUAUUUUAUAAUUUUUUACUAAUAAAUACAAUGCUUGGAACACCAGACAACUACUUGGAAACUAUAAAUAUCAAACGAAAGCCCACAAAAAUAGUUAAAUUAAAAAAUAUAUUCAGCUUGGCUUAUUUUAAAUUCAUGUUUCUGUUACCAAUCUAAGGUUUUAAGCAACAUAUCCUUGGCUAGACUUCUAACAUGAAAUAGGCAUGCAAUUUUAUAAAUAUUUCCUAAUAGAUAUAAUAGUUGCAAUACCAUAAAACCAUUUGAAAACUAUAAACACAUACGUACAAGAAUCUUUAAACAAUAAGCAUUUAUUUGGAAUGACUUUAUCCUAAAUAGUUUCUUCCAGUGCAUUUUUAUAGGAUACCAUAUGCUGUGUCUGGUUGAAGAAAAAUACCUAUUAUUGCUUUGACACCAAAUUCUGACAAUUCGGUCUAGUGGUUAAGGUGCUGGCCUACGAACCAGGAGAUCAUGAGUUCCAGUUCUUCCCUAAGGAUGAAAAACCAGCUAGGUGGCUUUGGAUCAGUCAAUCUCUUUCAGUCCAACUCACCUCACAAGGUUGUUGUGGGGAAAAUAGGAAGAGGACGGAGUAUUAGGUAUGUUCAUUGCCUUGAAUUAUUUAUAAACAAUAGUAAAGAUGAGAUAAAAAUCAAGUAAAGGUUUCUUUUCUCUUUUCAACAGGACAUAAGGACCAACUGAUAGCUCUUACCAGAGAUCUGAGUGGAUCUUCUGAAUAUAUCUCAGAAAUUAAUCAUAGGCCCAUCAAGCCUAGGACCAUAGGUUGCUUAUUGCCUGUUUUAAGCAAUUUAAAACAUAAGGAGCGAGCACCUACUGUUGCUUUUUCCCCUGAUGAGAGAUGUAUGGCCAUUUACUGAUGGUGUUCUUAUUUGUUUGCAU